CGUGCGAGCACCUUCAUCAAGGGUCUUCUCACGUUUCACGACGACCGUCACUGAAUCACACGGGCGUCGAGAUGUCGGCGGUCGUGUGGGGCAUCGUGGGUGGUGUGCUCCUGGUCUCUAUGCUCUGCGGGCUGUGGUACUCGCGCUGCUCUGAGAACGAACGCCGACGGCGCGAGGAAGGUCUUCCCACUACCUGGCACCCCUCGCUCACGGGGAGCUACGAUCCGAGGGGUCCCCGGCACGCGGAGUUCGGACCGCCGCCGGUGCAGGCGCCCAUGUACGCGCCGUAUCCCCCGCAGCCUUACGGCGCUCAGCCAGCCUACGUGGUCCAGCCGGGAUAUCCCGCCCCACCCCAGCCGAUGCCCCCACAGCAGGCGCCGAUACCCAUGUACACCGCCACCGUACCGGCUCAGGCGGGGGUCAAGCAGUGAGCGACACAUAUAGCGAGCACCACCUCACCGCCCCGCGGUCUGCUAUACCUCGGAGCCCGCACUAGACGCCUAGGAGUCCAGAUCCGCGUCGUGUAAAAAAACCUUAGUAUUAGAAUUGCAAGCGGCACAAAAGUAGUGGUAC